CAGAGGCAAAAAGUACGGCAGUCAGUGACGACGGAGAACAAAUAGAAUCAGAACUUUCCAUUCUCCAAGCCGAAGUAACCGCGAAAAACAACAACAAGAAGAAGAAGAUCAAAAGGCAAAAAAGAGUAUAAGAAAUCAAAGAUGUCUGGUGGGAUCGCUCGUGGUCGUCUAGCUGAGGAGCGCAAGGCUUGGCGCAAAAAUCACCCACAUGGUUUUGUGGCAAAGCCAGAGACUGCUUCUGAUGGGACUGUUAAUCUGAUGGUCUGGCAUUGCACCAUCCCUGGCAAGCCUGGAACUGACUGGGAAGGUGGCAACUUCCCUGUCACUAUGCUCUUCAGUGAGGAUUACCCUAGUAAACCUCCCAAGUGCAAAUUUCCUCCAAAUUUCUUCCACCCUAAUGUGUAUCCUUCUGGAACAGUGUGUCUCUCUAUCCUUAACGAAGAUAGUGGAUGGAGACCAGCCAUUACAGUGAAACAAAUUCUAGUUGGCAUCCAGGAUCUCUUGGACCAGCCUAAUCCUGCUGAUCCUGCUCAGACUGAAGGCUAUCAAAUGUUUAUUCAGGAACCCAUUGAGUACAAGAAAAGGGUUAGGCAGCAGGCCAAGCAAUAUCCACCCCUUAUUUAGUACAAUGCUGGUGUAUGAUUACUUUAGCAUGGGUAUGCCUUGCUCGAUUUGUAAGCUACUUCUGAUAGCUCUAUUUGUAAGCUACUACUUCUGAUAGUCAGCUGAAAAAUAUAGAUGUACCUUUUGAAAUUGGAUUGAUUACAUACUUUUAUCUGUUUGUACUGUGAUUUUGAGGAUCAAGUGAUGCCUCUUUUGGAAAUUAUUGACAUGAUAUGUCGCAGAAACCCCCAUUCUCAUGAAUGGUUUUAGCUUAAGUUCUUUUUGCAGAUGCGCAGCUUGUUCUAUGCUUCUAUAUAUUUGCUAUUUGCCUGGCAUAUUAAACAUGCUAAUUAAAGAGG